AUGGAUGGGGGGCAAAUGGCUGCGAGUGGUGAGCUUAGCCAUGCCAUGGAUGCUAUUAAGUGGGGCACUGACUAUCUCAUCAAAGCUCAUCCCCAACCCAAUGUCCUCUACGGGGAGGUUGGAGAUGGUAACACAGACCACUACUGCUGGCAAAGGCCAGAGGACAUGACCACGUCAAGGGCUGCUUACAGAAUUGACCCAAGCAAUCCCGGAUCUGACCUCGCUGCUGAAACUGCCGCCGCAAUGGCCGCUGCGUCGAUCGUUUUCCGCCGUUAUAAUAGUGCAUAUUCCAAUGAGCUUCUCAACCAUGCUUAUCAGGUACACUCAUACGUAUUUGCAUAGUCAAAAUGUUGUUUAACUUU